AUGAAUUUUAUUCUUCUAGGUAUUUAUGAAUGUAAUGGCAAAUGUAAAUGUGAUUCACGUUGUACAAAUCGAUGUGUGCAAUUUGGUUUAAAUACUCUUUUACAAAUCUAUAAUACGUCAGAAAAAGGUUGGGGCGUACGAACAUUAUACGAUUUACCAGCUGGUACUUUUUUAAGUUUUUAUGCUGGAGAAAUACUUAAUGAUGAAGAUGCUAAUCGACGUGGUUUAGAAAAAACUAUGGGUGAUGUUUAUUUUACUGCAUUAGAUUUUGUUACAUCACUUAAACCAACAUCUUCACAAAGAAAAUUACGAUCGAUUUCUCAGAAAGAUCAAUCUAACGAACAAACAGAUUUCUAUACUGACGAUCAUCAAUUAUUUUCUGAUCAAGCAUCACAAAUACAACGUAAUGAAAAUAAGUAUACAUCUAUUGAAGAAAAAAAUUUUUCAUUAGAAAACAAUCAAGUAUUUCCUGAUUAUCAACAAAUAAAUUAUGAUUCAGGUAUAUUUGUUAUGGAUGCUCAUUUCAAAGGAAAUGUAUCAAGAUUUUAUAAUCAUUCAUGUUCACCGAAUGUUUUUGUUCAAAAUGUAUUUAUUGAAACAUGGGAUGUACGAUUUCCUUGGGUAGCUUUUUUUACAGCAUCUAAUAUAAAAGCUGGUACCGAAUUAGUAUGGGAUUAUUCUUAUGAAGUUGAUACAGUGGAAAAUCGUGUGUUACAUUGUCGUUGUGGUUCAGAUGAAUGUCGCCAUCGAUUACUUUAA